ACACGUACCUACGUAUUCGGUGUGAAUUAAAUCAAACCAUAGUCGCUAAUCAAAACGUAAUAUAAAAGACUAAUAGUGAAAUUUAAACGCGCAGUUUGUUCAAAAUGUUGAAAAUAACAUUAGCGAUAAUUUAUUUGAUCGGUUUUAUAGUCGCAGUGCCCUUACAACCUAAAGAAGACGAUUUUACGUUUCUACCUAAAACUGAUAAACCUGACUCUGUUGAAGCGUUAGAAAAUUCUCGAGAAACCGAUAAUUUAACUGGUAGCAAUAACUCUUCAGAUCUAUUCGUUGUAAAAACCAUCGUUUACGAAAUAGGAAUUUUAACGGACGCCGAAAACGAUACAAAUUUCGAUAAUAAAACUCACGAACAAAUAGACGUGUCAUUUUUCGAUCCGAAAUCCAACGAUACUUUCAUCGAUUUAUCCAAUAUUCCGGUACCGUAUCAAACGAACGUAAACGGAGUAUCUGUUACCGGAUUUAUUCCUGCUAAUUUCGGUAAUUUGGCCAAAAACAAAAACGGUACAGUCACAGUAGAAGGUUCAAACUUUCCUUUACUUCCCGAUAAACAAGUGAAAGUAAUACACAAUGUAAGUACUUCUAAUAAAAACGAAAGCGAAUACGUUUUAUCCGGAUUGUCGGAUAUAUUAGGAUUACCGGAUUGGUUAGGUAAAUCUAAGGAAAAAAAUGAAGAUGCUAGUCUAGAAAAUAAAAGUGAUACUAGUGAAAGUUGAUAAUAUGUAAAUAUUUUCAAAAUAUAUAUAUAUAAAAACUCA